AUGAAGCCAUCCCGUGCAGCGGUUCUUGUGCUGGUAACGGCGCUUGUGCUGGCACUGCCGCUGGUGCCGGUGGCAGAGGCAUCGUGCGACGCCGAUCCAAUCGGUCGUUCCUGUAGAGAAGGGGUCAAUAAUGGUAGUUUCAAUGAGCCAGAUUUUAUCAAGCCGUGCUGCGUCUAUUUAUCAGGAGGCUACAUCAGCUGCCUGUGUGAGAUCCGUCUGCAGAUCUCAUUGAGUGCGCCGGGCCAGAUCUUCUGCCCCAAUAUCCCAUGUUGA